UCAUCUUGUCAUGUGACAUGAGAAAAUCACAUGAUCACCAGUUCGGGGAGUAGAACAGUCUUGCCUGAAGUCGACAUCCGCACACAAAAUGAGUGUCACUCUUGACGUUAGACUUAAACGUGCGAAUAAAGUUUAUCAUGAGGGGGAGACACUGGCUGGAGUGGUGGUAAUAAUGAGCAAAGAGGCAGUCCAACAUCAGGGCAUAUCCCUAACUAUGGAGGGGGUUGUCAAUCUGCAGCUCAGCUCAAAGAGUGUGGGUGUUUUCGAGGCAUUCUACAAUUCUGUAAAGCCUAUUCAGCUAAUCACCAGUAAUAUUGAAGUAGUAAAACCAGGAAAGGUUCCCAGUGGCAAAACUGAGAUCCCCUUCGAGUUUCCUCUCCAUGCAAAAGGAAACAAGGUGCUAUAUGAAACCUAUCACGGAGUGUUUGUCAACAUCCAGUAUACAUUGCGCUGUGACAUGAAGCGCUCCCUGUUGGCUAAAGACUUGAGCAAGACCAGUGAAUUUAUGAUCCAUUCUCAGCCACAGAAAGCAAAAGUACUACCAAGUCCAGUAGAUUUUACAAUCACUCCGGACACUCUGCAAAAUGUUCGAGAGAGAAACUCACUGCCUAAGUUUUUAAUAAGAGGUCACCUUCAUGCCACCAACUGUGUAAUUACACAGCCUUUAACAGGAGAGCUGGUGGUAGAGAGUUCUGCCGUGGCUAUAAAAAGCAUUGAGCUGCAACUAGUCAGAGUGGAGACAUGUGGAUGUGCUGAGGGCUAUGCAAGAGAUGCGACGGAAAUACAGAACAUUCAGAUUGCAGAGGGAGAUGUCUGUCAUGGUCUCCCCAUUCCCAUCUACAUGGUGUUCCCAAGACUUUUUACAUGCCCAACCCUUGAAACCACCAAUUUUAAAGUUGAAUUUGAAGUGAAUGUGGUGAUCGUCCUCCAUGAUGAUCAUCUGAUUACAGAGAACUUUCCUUUGAAACUGUAUAGAGUGUGACUACCAUCGGACCAAUAACUGAAUAGCUGUAUCAAAAGGACCGUCAUUGACAUAAGUGACCAAGUUUGUACAUGUACCAUGUGGCCAUUUUGUAAAAAUUAUUGUAAAUUCAGAUUUACAUUACAAUGAGAGCUCAAUAAAUGAAACUGGAAAUGUCAUUCUGCUUUCCUGUAUGAACUGUUGCACACCAUCAGAGUAUUAUAGAAAUGUUAGAAAUAGUUUAUGUUGCUGGACCUCUUCCUAAUAAAUUUGAUUAUUUUCAAUUUGA